AUGAGUUCUAACGACCAACAGCGUGGUGGAGUCGCCGACAAAGCCCUCCAACUUGUGAUGGAGAUGAAAAGAAAUCCAGAUGUUCUACCGCCGUAUAAUGCCGAUCUCGUAAGACAGUGUCAGAAGAAAAUCGACGAACUGUUUCAUAAAAACGCCGCUGUUGUCGAGAGAAUGCGCAACGGACUCGAGCACGAUCCUUCACUUCUCCAGCCACGUUUAGCAGCGAUGUGUCAUAUUCGGAGAUGCAUGAUGGCCUACGUCAACGAGCGCAAGAAUAGAAUCAGAUCCUUCCGAUGGCGGUACGGAGGAGCGCUUCCAGCGUCCGUCAGAAACGCUCUCUGCGAAGCUGAAAUUCAAUUCUUCAACGAGUACUCCAGCACACUAGCCCGGUUUCAGUCGAAUUUAGGUGAAGCUGGUGUCAACCUUUUGCUGCAUACCGCACCGCCCAAGACACUCUUCGUGCAAGUCCGAACCCUGGAGGAUUAUGGAGAAUUUGAGACGUCGGAUGGGACACAAGUUCAGCUAACAAAGGAUAGUUUGCACUCCCUUCCACGUCAAGACUGCGAAAUGCUGAUUCGACAAGGAGUUCUCGAGCUUGUUCAUUAA